CCCGGCCUAAGAUACCCGAUGGACGAAAUUCGCACACGUGUUCGCCUCGGCGAACACAGCAUUUCUAACGUUCAUACCUCAGAUUUCCCUGGCAACUACCAUGGAUACGAUGACACGUGGGACCAAGAAAAGUUUGAAAAGAACUUCAAAAUUGAUAUCGUGAAAAUGACUGACCGAGAGAUGGAGUUUGACCUGAUUGGAAUUGAUGCAUCGAUAGCAAAUGCCUACAGGAGAAUUAUGUUGUCAGAGGUUCCCACUAUGGCCAUUGAGAAGGUGUUCAUCUACAACAACACAUCCAUCAUUCAAGAUGAAGUCCUCGCACACAGACUUGGUCUUAUCCCAAUCAAUGCAGAUCCAAGGCUCUUUGAACACAGACAGGAAGGUGACACAGAGGGAACUGCCGAGGAUACAUUAAUCUUCAACCUAAAGGUCCGAUGUGCCAAAAAUCCCCACGCUUCAAAAGAUGCAUCUGACCCGGAUGAACUUUAUAAAGAUCACAAAGUGUAUACACGGCAUAUGAAGUGGGUUCCAAUGGGUAAUCAAACAGAUUUGUUUAAAGAAGGGGAAAUAAGACCAGUUGAAGAUGACAUACUUAUAGCCAAGCUGCGACCGGGCCAGGAAAUUGAUCUUGUGAUGCAUUGUGUGAAAGGCAUUGGAAAGGAUCACAGCAAGUUUUCACCAGUAGCCACUGCUUCAUACAGACUUUUACCAGAAAUCGUUAUAACAAAGCCAGUGACAGGAGAAAAGGCUUUACGACUCCAGAAGUGCUUUACCCCGGGUGUUAUAGAAAUUGAAUUAGUGCAUGGUAAAAAGACGGCUGUAGUGGCCCAGUCACGGAAAGAUUCAAGUAGCCGAGAGGUAUUAAGACAUGAUGACCUAAAAGAUUGUGUCAAAUUGAACAAAAUCCGAGAUCAUUUUAUUUUUUCCAUCGAAUCAACUGGUGCUUGUUCUCCUGCCAUCAUCAUGUCCGAGGCGAUCAAAAUAUUGAUUGCAAAGUGUCGAGCAUUUGUAACCGAGCUGGACAGUGAGGAACACACUUAGACAAUUCUUCAUGUUAUGUUCAAUUAGGCUGGGGUAUUCAAAGCUCAUGAGUUAAUUGAAUGAGUAAAUGAGGAGCCCCAAUGCUUUCCUUAUCCAAGGGAAUCAACUGAGAGUCAUAACACUGUCAGUCACUAAAGUAGUUUAACCAAUCCAAACCUGACUGGUGUCUGGUGUCAAUGGAAAAGCAUGACAGUUUUCUCAAGGACUCACACCAAUAUGAACUGACAGUUUCCUUUCUCAAUCAGGCUGCAUCAUCACAACUGACACAUGUGACUUACCCAGUUAGAGUUUUCAAGUGGAUUCAUCUAUCAACUCUAUAUCAGGCUUUACUGUUUUUGAGGAAUCAAAUUUCUGUUAGUAGUCCAUCUUUUGUUGUCCAUACUUUAAUAUGAGGUGAACCAAAACAGGUAUCUGUUACUUGUAAAUAAAUUGCGCUAUGAAUGUA